AUGUCCGAUACGCUUCCUCCCUCGCCGGGAGCCGUUAAGCUUUUGCUCGACAAGGGAUUUAACCCCAGCAGCGUAGAGUUCAGCAGAGGUGAGGCGCUUCGAUGGGCAGCAAGAACGGACGCCAAUGUAGAAUUAGUGCGGCUGCUCCUCAGGGAAGGCGCCGAUGUGGAUUCCAAGGACGCGAACGGCGGGACGGCACUUCAUUCCGCAGCACUCGCUGGGGCCUGCGAUGUGCUGGGGGUUCUGGGUGCAGCAAAGGCGAACGUGGCGGGGAAGUGCGAUCUGGGUCGUACGGCGCUUCACUAUGCCGUCAUGGGCAGAAGUUGCGAAGCGGUUCGCCUUCUAGUUAAUGGUCUAGGCUCGAAUUUGUCGUGGCGGGAUAACCUGGGGAGCACUCCUCUGCACUCGGCGGCGAACCAUGGUUUCAACGAGGUCAUUCAGCUGUUGCGGGACCUCGGUGCCGAUAUUCAUGAGGAGGAUGACUCUGGAUUUACGGCCAUACAAUAUGCAAGCGGUUGGGCCAACGUUGAGACAGUACAGCUCCUAGUUGAGUUAGGCUCUGAUAUCGCAGAGGAGAGUAAAAGCGGCUCUACGUCUCUGCAUGCAGCAGCACAACACAACAAAGCUGAGAUAGCGGAGUAUCUCGCAAGUCUUGGAGCUGAUAUCGCAGCGAAAGACAACAAAAGACACACGGUGCUACAUCGCGCCGUGCAGUUCAACAGUUUGUCCGUGGUUGAAGUUCUCCUGCGUCGGGGUGUCGAUGUAGAGCAAAAGGACAACAAGGGGUAUACCCCGCUGGCUUCUGCUUCUCAUUCCGGACACACGGAGAUUGUGCGUCUACUCUGGAACAACCAGGCCAGCCCAAACACAAUCAAUGACGCGGGAAACCGACCUCUCCACCACGCCGCUUCUCAAGAGCACGAAGAGACCAUGCAGUUCCUGAUAGAAAAUGGCGCAGAUAUAGACGCCAUCAACUCCAAGAAGGCUACGGCGCUCCUCGUCGCCGCCCAAAGAGGAAAGCUGGCGUCCGUUCGCCUUUUAGCAGACCACGGGGCUGAUCUCAAGAUGAAAGGGAUGAAUAAUUUCACCGCACUUCACUACGCGACGGCUGCGAAGGACAAGCCGCUCGUCCGGUUCCUGCUGAAACGCGGCCUCGAUAUCGAGGCGGAGACUUUGGCGGGUCAGACGGCGCUGAGUAGAGCGGCCGGCUUGGGACUCGUAGAUAUGGUUCUGCUGCUGCUUGAGUGCGGUGCCGACGUAUCUACGACGGCUCAAGAAGGCUGGACGCCGCUACAUUAUGCCGCAUUUCAAGGCGUGGAAUCUGUCGUGGAGGCUUUGCUAGAUCACGGUGCCGAUCCGGUCGCCGAGACACUCGACGGACGUCGACCCGAAUCGGUUGCCCAAGAACAGGGACACAUCGCCAUAGCCAAGAUGCUGAAGAACAGGACACCGGUGAGCAAGAAGGCGUCUGAUCGAUCGGCAUCGCAGACGGUGGCCAUGUUUGUGUCUGCCGCCGAAAAGGGCAAUUGUGUCCAGGUAUCGCGAUUCAUCAAGAACGACGGUAUUGACGUCAACGCGAUGGAUUUGGAUGGACGAAGAGCCAUAUGCGUAUCUGCAGAGAACGGCCACGAGUCUGUGCUGGAUCUAUUGAUCGAGAACGAAGCCGACUUGGACUUGACAGAUAUGAAUGGGCAGUCGGCGCUUUGGUGGGCGUCGCGGUAUGGACAUGAAAAGGUGGUACGGAGGCUCCUCAGCAAGGGGGCUCCCGUGGACUCGGCCGAUUUUGACGGCCAAACACCGCUGUCAACAGCGUCCCAGAAGGGACAUGCGGGCAUCGUAGAGCUUUUGUUGAAGAAAGGAGGCGAUCCGAACACGACCGUCAAAUACGGCAGAACCGCGCUGCUCUUCGCCGCCGCUGGCGGUUAUCUUCGUAUUGCCGAUCUGCUAAUUAAGGCUGGUGCCGAGGUCGAUUUCAAGGAUCCGAACGGACGUACAGCGCUGUCCGUUGCGAAAGCCCAGGGUCACGACGAACUUGCGAAUCUGCUGCAACAUCACAGCGCUCUCGACUCCGAAUCGAACAGACGUGCCAAAAACGCAAAGGAUCUAUCGGAAGCAGCGGCAGCUGGCCGGGUCGCAGAGAUUCGCCGUCUAAUCAGAGCAGGAGCCAAUGUCGACGGGACUAAAGAAGAAGACGCCGAUGGUGGCACGCCGCUAGUCCGCGCUGCGAUAGCUGGGCAAACCCUCGCCAUCACCACGCUUAUUAAAGAAGGGGCCGAUGUGAAUAGACGCUCAAAAAAUUCCGGAGGAACAGCCACGUCCUUCGCCGCAGGCUACGGUCAUACGUCGGCUGUGAGGUUGCUGUACGAGCAUGGGGCAAAGCUCAACCAAGUGGACAAUUCCAAUCGAACGCCGCUGUCUUACGCGGCCGAGUAUGGGCACGAGGACGUUGUGGAACUCCUUCUCAAGCUAGGAGCAAAGAAGGAAAUCAAAGAUGAACACUCAAUAACGCCACUGCUACACGCCGCAAGGAAUCGACACAAGGGGGUGGUCGAAAUUCUGAUUCGGAAAGGAGCCAAUGUCGAAUCUGGGGAUUAUUUCGGCUAUACCCCUCUUACUCAGGCUUGCCGUAAUGGCGAUAGGGACCUCGUACGCUUUCUUCUGGGAAAGGGAGCUCGAAUGAGGCCAGAGUCUACUUCCAAUUGUUCGCCCCUGUGCAUAGCAGCCGUGAUCGGGGCUGAAAGCAUCGUCGAGCUACUGAUUGACCACGGUGCAGAUCUGAAUCACUUUUCCGACAAUAGGGAGACACCGCUUAUUCUCGCCGCACAGAACGGUUUCAGCAUGGUAGCGAAGAUAUUAAUAGAGGCGGGUGCCGAUGUUAACCUCACAGACGACGAUGGCCGAACCCCCUUAUCUCACGCCAAGGAACACGGCCACGAAUCCAUUGUGAAGUUGCUUUGCCAGGCGGUAACCCUGAGGCAAGUGAACGAGAGGGCGAUGAGAAAAAUGGAACAAGAAACGCUAGUUCAGCGAAAGCGGUAUCAAUAUCAACCCCUAAGCGGGCGGGGAAGGGAGGGGCAUAUUCGCGUCCUCGAGCUUAGCCCCGGCAAAAGAGGUGACAUCAUCUCUUUUGAGCUCACCGAGAUCGACCUCUACAGCGACAAAAGACCGUCGUUCGAAGCCCUGUCGUACGAGUGGCGGGAGAAAAUCGGGACAGUUCCCGUCCAGUGUGGUAAGGACAGGCUCCUAAUAACGCCGAACUGCAAAGCAGCCUUGGAGAGGCUUCGGUUGGAGUCCGGGAGGAGGACUCUCUGGAUUGAUGCUGUCUGCAUCAAUCAAGAAGAUAGCCUGGAGCGCACGCAGCAAGUGGCAAUGAUGACCGACAUCUAUCGAAAAGCAAAAGCGGUCCUCAUGUGGGUUGGGGAAGAAAAAGAAGAAGGAGGAGACGAUGAUUCCAUGGCCUCCGCCUUUACUCAUAUUCCCGUUCUCGCUCAAGUCUACGCAAUGCUUCGUAAAGAUCCUGGCGGAUCUUCCUUUGAGCAGUUUUCGCUCGAGGAGAGGGCGGAUGCUCAAGAGUUGGCCCGUGGGGUGAUGGCGGAUGAGGAUGCCAUCGCGGGCCUCCAUCGAUUAUUCUGGGUAAAGUACUUCACGCGAGCGUGGAUAUUUCAAGAAAUCAUCCUCGCCAACUCGAGAGGAAUCGUGAUGUGCGGCAGCCAUGAGUGCCCGUGGGAAACGUUCAAGGCAGGCCUUCUAGGAUACAGAGCGUGCUCGGCCGCGAACAACCCUACCUUUUACGAGAUUGUCCGUAUCGACGAUUUGUUCGCCCAGGACGGCGAGGUAGAUUUAUUCCAGACAAGCUCCUCGAUGAGCGUGUUUGAGGCGAGCGACGCAAGAGACAAGAUAUUCGCGACGUUGAGGCUGGCGUCGGUUGUGGAGACGCCGUCGAUCAAGCGGCCCGUCGCCGACUACAGCCUGACGGUUCAGCAAGUGUACGUCGAUGCGGCGAGGUACUUCAUCGACAGGUAUCAGAGCGUGCAUAUAUGGACGCAGGGCAGCCGCCAUAGCACCAAGGAGAUUCCGAACCUGCCGACGUGGGUGCCCAACUUCACGAAGCGAUGGGGCGAUUUGGAACAUGAUCAAGAUGCUUUCGCUUUGUUAACACCGGAAUUUUCGCAGUUGAUUGCGGGUCGUCCGACGACGACGCCGGUCGCUCUUCACAUCGACGGAUGCAUCCUGGAUAGAGUGGCCUUCAAAGUGGCCAUUACCAAAGAGACAGACGUUUACGAUAUCGUCAUUCCAACUGUUCAAGCGCUUGCUAGGUUCGGGCGGAGUAUUUAUGACCCGUUUCCAGACGGUAAUAGCGAAGAACAGGAACAAAAGGAGAGGAUGAUCAAGGGUAGGAAAAGGAUCUCAAAGAGCGGCAGUAGCAAGGCCAAGAAGUCUGUUCGGUUUCAGAAAAGAACUGGCAGAGGAGGAGGAUCAUCCAGGUCGAGUGAACGUGACCCACCAUCAUCCAGCAAGACGAAUGGACAGGCCAUUCUGAGCAUGAUUUUUAACUCGUAUGGUACUUCGCCCGAAAAUGAUGCUGAGAUGGCAGCUUACCUCGCAUGGAGACUUUCCAAAGACGAAAACACACCAGAGUCCUCCAAAGAGCCCCCGGAGAGUUUGAAAAGCCUAGUAGCAGCGUGGGAGUCCCGGUCACGGGCAUGGGGUGGUGACUUUGAUCUCGCAAUUUGCCAGAGGAUGGAGAGCCAGCUGCGAUACGAGAGGGACUUGGUAUACACGGAAAGGGGUCAUUUUGGUCUCACCAAUAAGGACGAGGCGGAAGAAGGGUUGGUGGUGGCAUUCAUCAGUGGAGCGCCAUUUUUGAGUCUGCUGAGGGAGAAGAGAGUUGAUCAGGAGAGGUGGUACGAGUAUGUGGAUUGCAUUUGUAUGGGCUACUUGCUGGAGAAGACUGAGAUGCUGGAAGAUCUGACUGGAAAAUGUGGUAUAGAUAGGCUGGAGAUUCGGUGA